AUCAACAAAGAUUCUGACAUCAAGUUCCCCCAAAGAAUCAUUCUCAUUACAGGAAGCAGCCACCUUUGUUAGUUCUGCAAGUCACCCGAUUCUUCAAACCUUGCAAAUCACAAAAAAAUGAGCACCACCACCACCACUACCUACUCUAUCACCAUACCUUCUCAGUUUCUCGGAGCUUCCCCGGCUUCAGUCCAAAUGAGUCACAUCAGCGAUUCAGGGUUCAUUACAAAAAAGCUGUUUUCAUGGAUAAAGGUUUCCUUCAUUGUGCUGGCUUUGUUUACCAGGGUGACAUGGGAGGAGAAAGUAGAAGAUCCCUCAAGUGCCCUUUUCUGCAUCAGCGACUGCUCCACAUGUCCUGUGAUAUGUUCACCCCCUCCUCCAUCACUCCUAACACCAUCACCUUCACCUCCGCACUCUCCGUCACCAUCACUACCUUAUAAUUCCUAUUUCUCACCACCACCACCUCCUUCCAAGCCCAAACUAGCACCACCUCCACCGCAGUCACAUUCUUCAGGGGCUCCUCCACCACCCCCACCACCUUCAGGUUUGGGACAGCCCCUACCUACGGUGGUCUCAGCGCCGCAUGACUUUUCCUAUCCCUAUUACUAUUUCUACGCUUCCGCUGCUUCUUCUCCUUCCGUUCAUGCACCCUUUUUUCUCUUGUUGUUCUUCCUAGUAUUCUGUUGUUGGUAACCAGAUGUUUUGUUCUAUAACGUGAAAUUAAUGUGUUGUUUGGUCUCUCCUACAUGUACUGAUGAAAGUCUCAAAUGCAUUGUUUUUGUUUUCUUUUAAAUCGUAUUUGUAAUUUUGUGGCAAAUAAAUAAUCUGUGUUACAAAUGAUUUUGGUCUGUUCCUGCCACCCUUUUUCUCGUUUGUCCCGUGUUUCCUGUGUCUGCCGGAGAAGUUUAAACCCUGUUCUAAAUGAAAGUAAGCGAUUCUCACUACAAUAUACAUUACGUUUUGAUAUCUUAACCCAUCCAUAAAAGAAAAUAAUUACCGAAAAAUCAACUGUUUUAAUAUUUUAAUCACAUUUUUCUAUUUUUUAAUUUAAAGUAUUACUAUAUAUUAUUAUACUAUUAUGAUGAAGUUGUUAAGUAGAUUUUUUUUGUGUUUAAUAGUAAGUUAAAGUAUAAUUUCCCUUUUCCAUAUACAUCUUACAUUUUGAUUGAAGUUAAAGUUGAGGGCCAACAUAUAGGAAAAUGUCAAUUCUACAAUCACAUUUUUAAACAACUUUUUUGACCACAUUUUUCUAAUAAUAAAAUAUUAUAUUUAGAUAAUGAUAAUAAUAAACAUAAAUAAAAUAUAUAUAAUUGUACAGUGGUUAUAUAAUAUGAUUAUCCUCCUCGUUAAGCCUGACCAUGGUAAGAUUCCGUAGGGUUUGAGUUCAAAAAUACAAAAUAACUGUAAGGAAUGGGCUUGGCUUUCCCCAAAUGUUUCUGGUUGGGCGGGGCGGGUGGAUUGGAACUGGUUGGGCCAAAUUCCACCACAUAUAAUGAGCUUUUACUUUCUGCACCUCACAAUUUGUUCG